AUAUCGUCAAGUGUCGUCACGAUUACUAGUAUGGAUGCUGCUGGGAAACUGGAAGAACUGCUGAAAGGCGCGGCUGCUGUCUGCCUUUCCACAGACAUUCUCGAGCUGUGGCUUACAAACCACAUUGUCGCGGACCCGUCCUACCUUCGUGUACGCAUAACUGCGUGCACAAACUUACGGUCCCUUUGCUGCGUCGCCAGUUCGGUAACGGUGCAAGACAUCGUAUACUCAAUACUCCCAGUGCUGACCCAGCUGGAGAACCUCGAGUUCACGCUUGACGAACGUGUCACCAGCAACGACGCCCGCGCGAUUCGACUCCUGUUGCGCACAAAGGUAGUCCCCGCAUAUUCGCAACUUCGCUGCGUGUACGUCGAAGUGGCGGGCAACGGAAAUAUCGACGUUCUCGGGCACUUGCUGGAGCUGUGGCCGAACGUGAGCGGCCUGCACGUGCACUUUCUUCGCGGCCACUUUGAAAAUACAGUACGCAAGUGCGAUGGCUUGUGGAACGGUCGCACAAAGCUACGACGCUUCGGGUUCACGUCCGAAGCGCCUUCAACAGUGCACUGCUAUCCGCGUACGAAUCUGUUCUUCGACGACUGCGCCGGUGUCUGUGGCAACGUGCUCUUCGGUCAAGGUCCUCAAAUUUGGAGCUGCUGCCUGAUCGGCGAACCCGGCGAAACUCGAGGCCAAAAACUCUUGCGGGGAAAACACGCAAUCGCGGUGAUCCGCUUCACAAACGAUUCCACGGGAGACGGCAUGCGCGAAGCCGGCUUCUGCAACGACUGGACUGGCGUGAAAAACCUCUGUCUUGUGCUGCGCAAGCCGUUCAUAGAUACACAGUACACAUGCGCCGGUGCCGUCUACCACGGCGCCUUGGUUGACUUCCUGCGACGCUUCAGGGGCAUCAGCGGGUCCGGCGAGUACGAGCACCUGACCGAGCUGAACGUGAACUCGUUCCACUGCGCCGCCGACUUGGACAUGACUGAAGUGCUGUGCGACUCCGAGUUGACGUCACUCAAGGCGCUGUCGGUGUCGCCCUGCGGCAUUCGAAGGGUCGGUGCCUUGCGACGUCUCGCGCUCGCCUGCCCAUCUCUCAACGACUUGGAUGUUCGCGUGUACAGCAGCAUCCCGUGGUGUUGGGGCUGCGAGGAAGACCUCGACCUGAGCGCCGACGACGCGGCCGACCUGAGCGUCGGCCACAACGGAGGCCGGCUCACGUUCGGCGGAGUGCCGCGUUUUGCCUCGCUCGAUUUCUUGAGCCGUUGCAAUGUGCGGGAGUUGCGCGUGUGCACCAAACAUUGCCUUCUGCCCUCGGAGUUGGGAGACCUGCUUCAGACGAACGAAAAGCUGCGUUGCCUCACUCUCGGCUACGACACACUGCAGUUUGACGUGGAGACAUUCAAGAACCUGAAGAGGCUCAGGUGUCUACGCUUGCUGUGCCUGCUGACGGCGGCUUCGCACGGCCAACCGUACGUGAAGGGCUACAUGAAAGCGCUGGGAUCGUCCCUGGAUCAAUUGGAGGCCUUGCACGCACAUUACACGGACACACAAGGAGCCACUGACCGGAUGACCUGGGUUCGCUACCUUGAAGAGGUCGAAGAGGCCGGUCAAAUCCUCGACUCACUGCCCGUAGAACCGCACUUAUUGUGUGGCAGCGUAGUCAAUGAUGCGCCGUGCGGUGCCAUCUGCACGACACAAACGUUCAUCGGGCUCGUUAAACCCAAACAUCGGGAUCUGCCCACUACAUUUUAGGCUAGUUAUUCUAUUCAAACCACGUAGGUGUAAGGCCUCACCACAGCUUCCUCCGCUGUACCUGUCACGCUAACUUA